CUAGAAUUUAGCUUUUUCUCUCUCUUUUGUUUGGCUUUCAGUUUAGCACAAGCAAUACUGCUUGACAGCUAUCUAUCUAUUACGUAGCUCGCUUUGCUGCCCACCUAUCAUCAUCAUAGCUUCGUAGCUUCAGAGUCAUACCACCAGCUCCCAGCCUCACCCUCACAACACCUCGCAAUUCCAAAAUGCUCGGGCCGCCAGUCAACCUGCCCAAGUGGCUCGAGGAAAACUCUCACCUGCUCAAGCCGCCCAUCGGCAACUACUGCGUCUACAACGAUGAUUUCACAGUCAUGAUCGUCGGCGGCCCCAACGCCCGCACCGACUACCACAUCAACCAAACCGCCGAGUGGUUCUACCAGUACCGCGGCGCCAUGAUGCUCAAAGUCGUCGACGGCUCAACCUUCCGCGACAUCAUCAUCCGCGAGGGCGACAUGUUCCUGCUGCCCGCCAACACGCCGCACAACCCCGUGCGCUUCGCAAACACCGUCGGCGUCGUGCUGGAGCAGCGCCGGCCGCCAGACUCCAUCGACCGCAUGCGCUGGUACUGCGCCGCGUGCAACGGCAGCCUCGCGCCGGGCGAGGAGGCCGUCGUCGUGCACGAGGCGGCCUUUCACUGCACGGACCUGGGCACGCAGAUCAAGCAGGCUGUCGAGGACUUUCGCGCCGAUGAGGAGAAGAGGACGUGUCGCAAGUGCGGGACUCUGGCCGACUGGGCGCCGCCGCGGGGGUCGAUUGCUGAUCCCAACUUGGUUGCGUGAAGGGGAUGAAGGGUGGUGAUAUUGGUGUGUAACAUGUAUACGUACUACUGCUUUUAUAAAUACCAGCAGAAUCAUCAACAGACUGUACUCUUCUCUUGGAUAAAUGUGCAAGAAGCGA